AUAACUGGUGCCAAUAUAGGUAACUGGAAGUUGCUACGUGGAAGCAUUGCUAACAAGCCAAGCGAGCCUUUAGACGUGUGGGGCGGGAUUUCACUUGACAGUGACUGAGAGAUCCAAGGACAUAGAGAGAGCGGGUGAGAGAGAGAAAGCGUAGGGGACAGACAAGGGGAGCGAAGUCAUUUAGUGCUGCGCCAGGCCGCGAUCAUACCAGUGCGUGAAUAACGGAAGAGUGGCUGGAAACAUUUGAGACUAGGACAACCGUGCAUUCAUAAGCACUUACUUCUUACUCGAAAGCGAGCACCGGGACAAAUAUCAAAGCAACCAUACAGGAACUUUUGUGGUUCUACACUUAAGAUUCCGGAUUGAAAACAAUCUAAACAAAGAUGCGAUUGGAUACUGGAAUUGUUUACGUCACAAUUCCUGUUGUUUUCGUCAUUACUAUUUGUUGCCUUUCCAGUGUACAAAGUCAGUAUGAUGCCUACAGCGAGGACGCCCUCGACAGUCUGACAAACGAUCUACCUACAAAUUCUCAGGAAAUUUCCAAACGGUAUGCACGCCUCUCUUAUUCCCCUCCCAGUAGAUGGUCGGAUAGAUCCAGAUACAGUGUAGGAGAUAGUUACUAUAGGUAUGCCAGACUGUCCCAUUCCAGGGGCCGUGGGAGAUGGGGAUCCAGAUCCAGGGGAAGAUCAGGCAUAAACGACAUGUACAAAAGGUAUAAGGCGCCAUGGCUGUUUCUCCCCAACAACAGCCGGUGCUACAGGCAGCCAUGUAGAAGUCACCUGAACUGCUGUCGUCGCUACAAUCUCUGCGACCCGAACAUUAAGCGUUGUAUCGACUGUUGGUACGGAAAGUCCUGUCGAACCUCGUCCGACUGCUGCGAGAGAUUCCCCUUCUGCAACUCGGCCCUGGGGCGAUGUCAGAACUGAUCUGUCUGGCGCCGGUCCAUCACUGGGAUCCCGGCCACCAUACCGUACCGACGCCAUCUUGAAACAGAGCUGAAACCCAACCGUGCCCAGUUUUCCUGACCGGAAGUCAAACAUACAAUUUUGUUUUCUGACAUUUCCAUGACGUCAUUAAAGUGUGUGGUUUUACGUUUCAUUAUCUGGCUAAUAAUUCAACUAUUAUAUUUUGCUUGUUCGUACUGAUUGGGUGUAUUCGUUUAUAAAGUGUGUGAUGUUUCUCUAUAAAGGGCUUAUCCAAGCCCCAGUCUCAAUCAAAUUCGCCAGCAGUGAAAAACAAAAAAAAAAGACAACAGUUUUCAUCAAAUAGAAAGAAGUUUCCUUAUGUACAUGUAAGCUAAAUCCCUUUUCCUCAGAGUAUUUUAUUUUUGCGGAUUAAAUGUGAUCUUCAUUCUUUUGUUCCACUAUUCACACUAAUAACUCUGCGUUAUUAAUUACUGUGUUGAGGCGUAUAUGGAAUUCCGGAAUUUAGCGUCGUUGUCAAACGGCGCCUAACUAUUUUUGUAUUCAUGUUAAAUGCAUGUGCUCAAAUAAAAUUGUACU